AGGCUGAUUCAGUAGGGAAAUCGCGUUGUAGAUCCCGUUUAAGCCUCGAAAAUCGCGUACUGGACCCCGUAGAGUCCUACACGCGCCUGUGCGGGGCCCGUGUAACUUGCGCCGUUCGCCUGCGUCUCAUGUCUUCGAUUCGAACAAUGGCAAGUGGGAAUGAAGUCGCUUUCUCUCGCUUGUCGUUUGUCAUUUUCCCAGCAUGUUGUACACGUAUUUUCUGUUCCGGUGGUCGGCAAUCUUGAACCGGAGCCUAAUGCCACAUAAAAGCGCCUUCCCUGGUUACUAGCACCCGCGAGGCAGUACCAUGUCCGAGCCCCCUUCUGUAGUUAUAUAUCGUUAUGAUGCUUCUCCCUUCUCAGUGAAGGUUGACAACGUCUUGUUACUCAAAAACAUACCUCAUCAUAAAGUCAAUGUCGCCUCAUUGUUGCCGCGACCUGAGAUCACGGAGCUGCUUGGUCUGGGAUACAGGCGCAUCCCCGUGUUGGCCAUCGGAAACGACGUCUACUGUGACACUAGUUUGAUCUGCUCCGUUCUAGAACGAAAAUUCCCCACUACCACAGGCCAUGGCACCCUAUUUCCUCCGCGAAAGCAGGGAGGCAGUCUAGACACGACUCUUAUCAAGAUAUACACCAAGCACUAUGUCGACAGCAUAGUGUUUUCCCUUGCGGUUCCUCUCCUUCCAUGGGAGAAGUUCCCAGAAGCAUUCAUUAAGGAUCGAUCAUCUAUGCUGGGUCCCAUAUCCGUCCCUGUCCUGGCGGCUACGCGCGGGAGGUACCUAAGUCUUCUAUCUGCGCACCUGGCCUUGACUGAGGAACAGCUCCACGAUGGAAGAGAGUGGUUAUUCGAUACUACUUCUCCUAGUCUUGCCGAUAUCUCCCUCCAUGUCGUCUAUUCUUGGGUCAAGUCCUUCCGGACGCCCGAAACUCAGACCCUCUUCGACGAACAGAAGUUUCCAUAUGUUAUAAAGUGGCUUUCAAGAAUGACCAACCACCUCGAUACUCUUCGAACGCGGUUCGAUGUGCCCAGACUCCAGGGGGAAGAAGCUGCAAGUUCAAUAUCAGCUUCCUUCCACGAACCUUAUGAUACUGUCGGCUUUGAUGCUGCGGAUGGGGCUCGUCUCGGAUUUCAGCCCGGUGACCUCAUCUCCAUCGCUCCAGAUGAUACUGCGAGAAAAUAUCCGACUGUUGGGCAAUUGGUGGGCUUAAACUCGGAGGAGUUUGUGAUCGAAACUAAAGGAAAAUUUGGUAUCAUUCGGUGUCAUUUCCCUAGAAUCGGGUACACCGCUUCUCGGCCUAAGGGUACCCAAAGUAAACUGUAAGCCGGUGUCAGUAUCACGCAAAGUCUACCACCCUGUACUUGUACUACUGUGUCUAACCUGCAUCUGUACUAACACGCCCACGUGAUGUCGUUGGUUUCAAAUUUGGUCCCGUUUACACAGGAAGGAAGCUGUGAAAGUUAAGGAGGAGGAUACCAUCGGCCCCUUACCAUGCACAAGUACUGCGCCGUACAACACCUCAGCGUACUCAAUCAGCAACCGAUGCAACAGUGAACCGUCGUGAAGAAAAUGCGCCCCUCUCGGGUUAUCCGGAGGCUGCAGCCACGAGGAAA